AUGGAUACUGUUAAAAACGCGGCUCACUACGUCGAGGAGUCCAUUAAAGGCUCUGGUUCUGAGGCUUCCAAAGAGGCCAACAAAAACGUCGCAAAGGACUCGGAUGCAGGCCUUGGCACGCGAGCCACCGCCGCCAAAGAUGCUUUAAAGGACAAGAAGAAUGAGGAGAAGCAUGAUGCUAAAGCGGAUGCCCACAAGGAGGCAGCUAAGCACUAA